AUGACUACGCCAAAGCGACGCAAGGUUGAGACAUCUGAAGGCUCCAGGCCAAUGAGUGCUUUUGCUUUGAGGCAACAGCUACUUUCAGCCAGUCCGUCUUUGUCACCGGCGCCUCAACCUGAACCUCAACAGGCUUCCGAGUCCCAAUCCCAAGUGACAACCCCGACGCCCACGCCGAAUGGGCGGUCUUCAACGAAGACAAGAUCAUCAAAAAGACUCGCAGACAGCGAUAAAGCAUCAGAGCUGCCACCGGGAGGAUCCUCUGCAAGCUCCAGUCAGAAUGCAGUCCCAGACAGCCCAUCUGUGGCGCGAGCAGCAGGAACAACUCUGGCGCCCAACAGCCCAACCGCAGACCCUGAAGAUUUGAGAUCUGCAAAGUCUGGUCCUCAACAGUUCUCGACAUUCAGACCGACAAAAAGCAACUCCCGCAGAAUUGCUGGUGGGAUCCUGGAACUGAGACUACACGAUAGCGAGCGCUUCUUGGUACUUGGAAGCUACGGAAUCCGAGUGAUUGACGGCGAGGUCACAGUCGCCGGUGCGAGCAUUCGGGCCCCCGACGGGAUCAAAUGGGUCCACGCACCUCACUGCCAUGCCAUCCCCGUUCUGCGUUGUACCGAGGAGACAAAGCUGGAGCUACAUCCUCAUCCGCAAGGACCCAGUCUCCGCAAGCUCGAGCGGCUUUCGCCCCUCUUCCGAAGCUUGUGGCACGAGCCGGAGGCGGGGUCGAGGAGCAAGCAAGCCGCCAAGAGAGACACCUACAAGAUUAUUUGCAACACAGAUGAUGCGCCAAAGCGUGCUCUGAUCCAGGACCUGCGCUCUCAUCCGGCGUGGAACAAGAAACUGGCGGGCCUGACGAAAGUGCGGCAGCCAGAUCAACAACCCUUGAGCGUGAUGCUGUGCGGCCCCAAGUCGUCCGGCAAAUCUACCUUUGGCAGGAUAUUGGGCAACCGCCUUCUCACGGGUGCCGGCCAGCAGACACGAAACCGCAAAACGCCACUGUCGGUUGUUGUGCUGGACCUUGAUCCCGGACAACCCGAGUACACUCCCGCAGGUACGGUCGCGUUGGUCGAGGUUAGGGAACCAAACCUGGGUCCAUCCUUCACCCACAUCGCGGCAGGCGAACAGCAUGUGUCUAUCAUCAGGUGUCACUCGAUCGCCUCUGUGUCUCCGGCAUCGGACCCAGAGUUAUACUUGGAGUGCGCCUUGGAUCUUUACCAACGUUAUCAAAGCAAGUGCAAGGGGCUGCCCUUGAUCAUCAACACGCCAGGCUGGGUUCUGGGAACCGGACUCGACCUCUUGACCGAACUGGUGUCGACCAUCCGACCCACGGAAGUCAUAUACAUGUCCGAAGACGGCCCUAAGGAUACCGUCGAGGGCCUGCAGACGGCGUGCAAGGGGGCUUUUACACUCCUCCCUUCCCAGCAGUCCGAGUUCACCUCGAGAACGGCGGCGCAUUUGCGCUCGAUGCAGGCGCUCGCAUACUUCCACACUGUUCGGAACCCUUCCAACAAGCUGGCCUGGAACCCGACUCCGCUGUCAUCAUCACCGCCGUUGACUGUCAGCUACAGGGACAAGAACCGCGGGGUUUUGGGGAUCGUCAGUUACGAGUACCAGCCACCGGCAGACUUACUCGCGGAGACAAUCAAUGGUUCGGUCUUGUGCCUAGUCGAAGCCGAGGAUACCAAGGCGUUUAGCCGCCUCACAAAGGAGAGCGAGGGCCUCCUCGCAGCCGCGCCCGGUCCCGAUAAGAUGGACGUUGACCACAGUGCAGCAGACUUGGACGGGAUCAUCUCGAGGACACCGGAGGGGAUCCCCUACAUCCCCAACUCUGACGCCCAAACCCUGGACCCUCGGUACUCGCAAACCCUCGGCAUGGUGCUACUCCGAGGCAUCGACACCGAGAAUGGCGUCCUCCAAAUUCUCACCCCGAUACCCUUGGAACGCAUCGAGGCUGCCAAAGUGGCGGGCCACCAGCUGGUGCUCGUCCACGGCAAGCUCGACUCUCCCGGCUGGGCGUACACCGAGGACCUGUACUACCAAUCUUUCAGCGGCGCCGAGGCGGACGCCAGGGACGACACGGUGGAGAUCAUGGACGAGGACACGGAGAGCGACAGGUCGGACGAGGAGCCCGAGAACCCGGAGCUCGCCGGCGACGUCAGCGACACGCCGUGGAUCGAGGUGCUCCAGGGCCACGAGAAGCGGCCGGUGGGAUCGCGGGUGUGGAGAGUCCGGCGCGACCUGGGCCGGGCCGGGCCGGGGGCUGAGUGA